GGACGGGCGGGAGGGAGGGCGGCGCGGCCCCGGCGCGCAGAGCCAGCGCGGCCGCGGACGGGGGCGCAGCAUGUGCGGCAUCUUUGCUUACCUGAACUACCAUGUUCCCCGGACAAGACGGGAGAUCCUGGAGACCCUUAUCAAAGGGCUCCAGCGGCUGGAGUACAGAGGCUAUGAUUCUGCAGGUGUGGGAAUCGAUGGCGGAAAUGACAAAGACUGGGAAGCUAAUGCUUGCAAAAUCCAGCUUAUCAAACAGAAGGGGAAAGUGAAGGCUCUGGACGAAGAGGUUCACAAGCAACAGGACAUGGACCUCGACAUCGAGUUUGAUGUACACCUUGGAAUUGCCCACACCCGUUGGGCUACCCAUGGCGAGCCCAGCCCUAUCAACAGCCACCCGCAGCGCUCAGAUAAAAACAAUGAGUUCAUCGUCAUCCACAACGGCAUCAUCACCAACUACAAAGACCUGCGGAAAUUCCUGGAGAGCAAGGGCUACGACUUUGAGUCGGAGACGGACACGGAGAGCAUCGCCAAACUGGUCAAGUACAUGUACGACAACCGGGACAGCGACGACAUCAGCUUCACCACGCUGGUGGAGAGGGUCAUCCAGCAGCUGGAAGGUGCUUUCGCCCUUGUGUUCAAAAGUGUUCAUUAUCCCGGCCAAGCAGUUGGUACCAGGCGAGGCAGCCCCCUGCUAAUAGGAGUGCGCAGCGAGCACAAGCUCUCCACCGACCACAUCCCGAUACUCUACCGGACGGGGAAAGACAAGAAGGGAAGUUGCAACCUGUCCCGUGUUGACAGUACCACCUGCCUUUUCCCCGUUGAGGAGAAAGCUGUCGAGUACUACUUUGCUUCUGACGCUAGUGCUGUCAUUGAGCAUACCAACAGAGUGAUUUUCCUUGAAGAUGAUGAUGUAGCAGCUGUGGUCGAUGGCCGUCUUUCCAUCCACCGGAUUAAGCGCACAGCAGGCGAUCACCCCGGACGCGCCGUCCAAACCCUGCAGAUGGAACUUCAGCAAAUUAUGAAGGGUAACUUCAGCUCAUUUAUGCAGAAGGAAAUUUUUGAACAGCCGGAAUCUGUCGUUAAUACAAUGAGAGGAAGGGUCAACUUUGAUGACUACACUGUAAAUCUUGGUGGGUUGAAGGAUCACAUUAAGGAGAUUCAGAGGUGUCGGCGUUUAAUCCUUAUUGCCUGUGGGACAAGUUACCAUGCUGGAGUUGCAACCCGUCAGGUUCUGGAAGAACUGACUGAAUUACCUGUUAUGGUUGAACUUGCCAGUGACUUCUUGGACAGAAACACCCCUGUCUUCAGAGACGAUGUUUGCUUUUUCAUCAGCCAGUCAGGUGAGACAGCAGAUACUUUGAUGGGUCUUCGGUACUGCAAAGAGAGAGGAGCCUUAACUGUAGGAAUAACUAACACAGUUGGCAGCUCUAUAUCACGAGAGACAGACUGUGGAGUCCAUAUCAAUGCAGGACCAGAGAUUGGGGUUGCCAGUACCAAGGCCUAUACCAGCCAGUUUGUCUCUUUGGUGAUGUUUGCGCUGAUGAUGUGCGACGACAGAAUUUCUAUGCAGGAAAGGCGCAAGGAAAUCAUGCGUGGUCUAAAGGGACUGCCAGACUUAAUUAAAGAAGUGCUGAGUAUGGACGAUGAGAUCCAGAAGCUAGCCACAGAGCUGUACCAUCAGAAGUCUGUUCUCAUCAUGGGACGUGGCUACCAUUAUGCUACAUGUCUUGAGGGAGCUUUGAAAAUUAAAGAAAUUACCUACAUGCACUCCGAAGGGAUACUGGCGGGUGAGCUGAAGCACGGCCCUCUUGCGCUGGUGGACAAACUCAUGCCUGUUAUCAUGAUCAUCAUGAGAGACCACACCUAUGCCAAGUGCCAGAACGCUCUCCAGCAGGUCAUUGCACGGCAAGGGCGACCUGUCGUGAUUUGCGAUAAGGAAGACAUCGAGACGAUUAAGAACAACAAAAGAACAAUCAAAGUUCCCCAUUCGGUGGACUGUCUGCAGGGGAUCCUGAGCGUUAUCCCCCUCCAGCUUCUGGCUUUCCAUCUUGCAGUUCUCAGAGGAUAUGAUGUUGAUUUUCCAAGAAAUCUGGCCAAGUCCGUAACUGUAGAGUGAAAGAUCAUCUGAAUCAUAGGGGCAAAGGGGAAUUAAAUGAAAGACUCUUUUUGGUACCAAAAUAACUUGAUUUUAAAGUCCCCUAGGUAAAUCUUAUUUUGGUAAAUUCCAUAACAUUAGUGAUUGUCCAAUUGAUUCCACAUGCUAUGUCAAUAGCUUUGGGUUUUGUUGAACAAUAGACUGCCAUGAAAUAUGUUAAAUGGUUUUCUUUAAAGAUUACUGAGUCUUCUAGGUAAGGGGCCCUCCACUUUACUUUAAUGCCAUUGUUUCUUAGCCGGUGUGGCUCAUUCCAAUCCUUGAUGAGAACCCAUUGAAUGAAUGACCUGUCAUGCUCUCAGGCAGUGAAGCAGGAUACCAGAAUAUACAACUGGAACAAGAGCUGUUACUGGGCACGUCCGUGCAGAAAUUUUAACAGUGAAAGAAACUGUAAACAAGCAUUUGGGGUCAAUUUCUGCCUCGUGUACUAAAGGGAAUUCAGCUGACCUGUCACGACCUCCUAAUUUUUAGGUGCACAGUAAAUGUGCUAAGAAAAUGUUGCUUCAGAAGGAUUUUAUCUAUGCCAAAUACCUAGCAAGUGACAAUCUCCUAGACUCGGUGGACCACAACACACUGUGUAACACCAGCAUAUACCUGUAGUUGUGCCCAUGAAGACAGUGGAACUCACGCCUUCGAGUGUAAAUGGAAGCAGUGUCUGACUCGGUGUGGAUGCUUACCCAAGUGGGGGAAGAGAGAGGAAUAAGAACAGUGCUCAGUUUGUGCCAGUCUCUUGUUGCUGCUGCUGUUUGGUUUUUUGUUUGGUUUUGUUUCAUUUUUAAAUUAGUAGAAGCCUUCCCGUACUGAGGAUUUUUCCCCUUGAGCUGAGCACCGUGGCACUAAACCCACGUGGUAAGCAGCCAGCAUUACGUGGCUGCAGGUCACUUACUAGUCUGACUGCGUAGAAGAAAGUUUCUGCCUUGUAUCUCUCCAGCAGGGAGACGGCACUAAAGCUCCCUUAAUGAAUGUGUGGGUUCUGGUUAUUUAGGAGCAGUUCGUGUGUGCCUGCUUAUGUUCGUGUGUCAAAUUCAGCUGGUUUAAAUUGGAGGGGAUAAAAAGAGGUCAAUAGACAAAACAAAUAUAUACCGUGGUAACAGUUGUGUAACAAGCUUGCAGAGAAUCAGAAAUUAUGCCUUCAAGACUUGACACUGACUUUUUCACACUCAUUAAAGAGCAGUUAGCUUUGUAUUUUCUGAUGCAGGAAGGUGAAUCUCCUACCAGCCUGGUGGGUUUUGAAUAAGCUUUACAUGCGCACCCUAAAAAGACAGACACUACAGGCGUGAAGUAACGCUUGCCAAGCGCUGGUGACUAUUCCAGGCCGCUUACUUCCCCCGAAGAAUCACAACCAAAGGCCGUGCCUGGGGACUUGAAGCCCGGCUCCCGUGCCCAGGGUGCUGGGCUGCGGCUGGGCAGCAGCAGUGCAGGCUGACUCGCGCGACGGAAGGCAGCUGCUCAGACCGAGGCGUUUCCAAGCACCGGGUCUGUAGCAAUUCUGCUUUAUAUAAAACUACAGUAACUAUUUAACAUCAAUUCAGUAUCAGCUCAAGGCUUAGUUUUAUUACGAAAUGCUGCGUCCCUGGAAACAGCGUCAUGAAACCCAUAUAUGUAUGUUUAAUACAUCAUACUCAGACUAUUAUUUUAUGAACACAUUGUGCUGCCAGUGUCUGUUUAAGAACAAAGUGGUAAAUACUGCAUUUUAGUUCUACAGCGUUUGCUUUUGAGGCACCGACUCUUAAUAGUUACAUGCCUCUGCCUAAACAUGACCAGUGGAGUUCUCUGCUUCAUUUGAAGACGAUACUUUUAUCCUUAAAGGAAAAAAAACACGUGUUCAAUGCUAAAAAUGUUAAGACAGUUGUUCUUCCUCCUCCUCUUCCUCCCACUCAGCUUGUUUAAGAAACUGCAAACCUUUCACGUGGAGGGCUGGAACCAAGGCAGGGCUCCUCCUGUACCCCCCCCCCCGGCAGAGGACACAAGGACUUGCAGGAUCCCAUCCUAUGUUCUCCUUAGCACGGGAUGUCAUGUGGAGGAACCCUGCAACAGAAUUAUUUUAAGAUCUUUUUCUCCUAUUCCACUUGGAGGAAAAGCCGCGAGCGUUGAGUUUAUCUAGCCUUGUACAGGUGAUUGUGCGCUAGCUUCCUGAGUCUCCUGGCGAGCAGGAUGGUAGCCAGCCCUGUUAAAAUACAAGUUGCUAUUCUGUAAAAGUUUGAUAAUGCUGGCUGUUAAAUAUUUAUGAAAGAGGACCAAAGAACAGGAGGCUAAGUUAGAAACGUCAGUCUGACACUCUCACGUCGGGUGUAACUGUACAGAUAUUGCUGAGCUAUUUGGGUUUAUGCCGUGAUAGACAAAUCCUUGUUCCUAAUUUAAGGCGUUAAAGCUCAUGCCAGCUCUUUCAUUGUCAGAAGUAGAGGUUGUCUUCACCCCCUGCGCUCUGCAAGUUGCCAGCAAACUGCCUGAAGUGUAUAAAACCCUGCCUGCCAAAACAGAGGUUUAGUCGCUACUUGCAACUAGGCUGUCGGACGUUGUAGUGCUGUGUAUCAAAGAACGCUGUGGAGCACGCUUGCUAUGAAGAAUUUCUCUGGGGAGCAUGGCAGGGAAUCCGUUGAGCAUCUCGUUGUUAAUUGCCAUGCCUGUGUGAAGUGAGAAUGUAUAAAGGACUCUUCUUAGCUUUCCUUACCUCAUUUUGUCUAGAUGUGUUGCAUUUUGAUGAACAGAUGAUGUUUCUCUUUUCCUUAGAAACCUUUUAGAAUGUCUUGUGAUAUUUAUUAACAGCCAGUCAGUCUUCUGCUCUCCAAAAUGAAUGUUUUGCUUACUGAGCCAGUAAAAAUUCCCUCCUUCCUAAUUGAGGUGUUUAAAAAUUCAGUAGCCCUGUCUCUAAACUUGAGCCACAGGUAAAUACAGACAAAGGCCUUUGCCGUUUGGAAUAGCAGCUGCCUGUUACCGCAUACGUCUGUCAGAAUUUAGUUUGAUUUAAGUAACUGUUUCCCUUAGCUAUGUCUACAGAGGCUUAAAGGGAAGCACAUGCCCGUAGGUCUUAGGGUUCUUUAAUUACUGGUGACCAAAGAACUUCAGGCUCAGCACGUGUUGUUCCUGCCUAACAGAUCUCAGACAAAUGCCACACCCCAGUCAGGUUAUUCCACCCACAGUAGGAAAUUAAGUUGUACAUGGGCUAUACUUCUGUUAGAAAGGUUUUCCCUCCUAGCUCCACUGAAGAAAGGCUACAGACUGUUCUUUCCCCAGUUUUUCCGAUGAGUAGGUACUCUCUGUGUUGCAUAUUCUUAUAAAGAGCCCAAACCAGUGUUAGGGCCGCCGUGGCCUCGUACGGUGCAACAAUGACAUGGCAAAUGCCGUCUCUUUUAGCUUGGCCUUAGGUGCCUCGGAGGGAAUCGCCCCACUCACACGGGGAUGCCCUUCUAGCCAGAGCGCUGCCUUGACACCUGCAUUUGGGAGGCCUCAACCCCUCUGUGCUGAAAGACUGUUUCCAAGUCCAUUGGCCGUGCCACGACGCAUAAUCAUGCUCAGUUAGGAGCCUUAAGACUAGCCUAGACACACAGGUUUGGUUAAGCUGCAGACUGUAACAUCUAACGGCAUAAGACUGACCAGCCCAUGAGUGCAAAACCAGGCUCUCCUCUCCCGCUGGCCCUAGCAGCCCUUGACGCCCCAAGGAGGUGCCUGGCGGCAGCGUGUCAGACGGAGGGAGGGAGGGAGGGACUGAAAGCCGGUGCUUGAAGUAGCAUGUCAGUGUUUAGCUGUGGCUAAUUUUAGAUCCUCCCUGAAUGUACCAAACUUGCCUCAAAGCAUGGAGUCCCUUCUCUACAUCAGAACCAGGAAGAAGAAACAAAGAAGUAUUUGGUUUGAAUAAAAAGAAAGAACUAUUUGCCUUCAAUCCAGUUUAUGUAAAUAGACAUUUGAAGUGGCAAAUACCCCCAUUUCUUCCCGUCUCGAUCUAUUUGCCUCUGCUUGUACAUACCCAGCUGGCUUGGUUUGUGGGGACCAGUCUGUAUCUUGUUUCCUGUUGUGUGCUGUACGCAGAAGAUGUCUUACUUUUGUCUGUAGUGUUUUAUAAUUUGGGUUUUGUCUUUUUUGCUUACUUUUUUGUAUCUCACCCUUUGAAUAAAAUCAAGUGCCCUACAUUAAACAAACGGAA